AUGCUCGUUGCAAAGGCAGAGCCGACGAACUGGUCGGUGCCAUCGUUGUUGUUGCGAUACGUAGACGAGAACAGGUCUGACGCGGUGUUCGUGGUUAUUGGGGAAGCCUUAGAGCAAUUUCGCUCUUGUGAGGUGUGGCGAGUUGACGAGUUCACUGUUCUUGGUUCCAACGUGAGGAACAGUUCGGGCGUUCAAAAAUUUGGCGUUCAGUGUUUGUAUGAAGUAUCAUUGAAGUUCGUGGCUCCAGACUUAAAGCUAGCUGGGCGGACGUGGCCUUUCAAGUAUGCGUAUGCCUUCCAGGAUUGGCCUAGCAUGAACCAGCUAGACGCGGGCGCCUUCGUCGAUAUUCUUGGGAAAUUGGAAGCGAAGCCAGUGUUGGAUGCUAAUUCGUCAAUUCCCAAACCGUUUUCAGAUUGA